AUGAAGGCGUCUACCAUCUUCACCGCCCUCGCCGCAGUCCUCCCUGCCUUUGCCAGCAACUCCUUCGGCGGCCUAGCAAUUCACUCAGGCUCCCCCAUUCACCUCUCCGCCAUCAACGCAAACGCCAACUCCUUCUACCUCAACAAACCUACCUCCUCUUACUGUCCCAACACCACCGUCUCUUCCUGCCCCGAAGGCAAAUACACCUACUUCACCCCCGGCAACACUACUCUCUCCCUCGCCGUCGAGGUCCCCGGUGGCCAACGCGUAUAUGUGGCUCAAGAUGGCAGCUUAGGCUACACUAUCCCUCAUGGCAGUGUGGGAGGUAACCAGACCGUGAGCUACACUGGUUUUGGCCUCAAGGAUAGUGGUAUUCAUCUGCAGUACUUGGAUGCGGACUUUGCGGCUGUGCCUGUUGGUCAGGGAGUGUACAAGGUCUAUGCUGCUGCUGUGGAGGAGACUCCUAGGAAUGGAACGAGCUUUGCUUUUAGGGUGCAGAGUGUUAAUGCUUCGUUUGGAGCUUGGGAGUACUAA